UUUAAAUAAGGAAAACAAGUAAAAUUCAGAUUUAAGAUAGUAAUUGCAGAAAUGGUCUAUAAAAAUUUUAAAAAUCAAGAUUUUAAAAGCUUAAGAGCAGAAUGUGUAACCAAUGGGAGACUGUUUGAAGACCCUGAGUUUCCAGCUACAAAUAGCUCUUUAUACUUCAGCAAGCAGCCACCCUUUACUGCUGAAUGGAAGCGACCAAAGGAAAUAUCUCCUGAUGCCUCCAUGUUUACAGAAGGCGCUAGUAGUGCUGAUGUGACACAAGGACGUGUGGGGAAUUGCUGGUUUGUUGCUGCUGCUGCAUCACUUGCUCUAGAAAAAGAUCUAUGGACUAAAGUCAUUCCAAAUUAUAAAAGUCAAUUAAUAUCCCCAGAAAAGCCUGAAGACUAUCAAGGUAUCUUUCGCUUUCGUUUUUGGCGUUUUGGAGAAUGGAUAGAGGUUGUUGUGGAUGAUAGAUUGCCAACAGUUAAUGGGGAGUUAAUUUAUCUGAAAUCUAAGGACAAAAAUGAAUUUUGGAGUGCCUUGUUGGAAAAGGCCUAUGCAAAAUUGGCUGGGUCAUAUGAAGCUCUUGAGGCAGGUAACCCAGCAGAUGCUCUUGUAGACUUUACAGGUGGUGUCAGUGAAACCAUUGAUUUGGUAAAAGGGAACUACAUUAACGAUUUAGAGAAAAGGAAAUUGCUUCACCAAAAACUUGUGAAACUUAUGGAGCGAAAUGCUUUAAGCAGUGCUUCUAUUAAGGUCACCAGCCGAGAUGAAAUGGAAAAGCAACUUGAUACCGGUUUAAUUAAAGGUCACGCCUAUGGCAUUAGUGCAGUCAAAAAGAUUCCAUUAAGUGAAGGAUUUUUCUCAAGUUUUAAUGCUGAGAAGUUGUUUUUGGUCAAGUUAAGAAAUCCAUGGGGAGAAAAAGAAUGGAAUGGUCCCUGGUCUGAUGGUUCUGCAGAAUGGGGAAAGUUAAGUAAAAAGGAGAGAGAAAAACUUGGCAUCAAAAAUGAAAAUGACGGAGAAUUCUGGAUGUCUUUUGAGGAUUUUUGCCGACAUUUUACUACCGUGACCAUUUGCAUGUUGGUAAAUACAUCUGUGUUUACUAUCCACAAGACCUACAACGAAGGGGCGUUGAAAGGAGUGUGGGAGGGGCGUAGCGCUGGUGGAUGCGUCAACAAUAAGGACACAUUUUUGCACAAUCCGCAGUUUAAAUUUGAUAUGACUGGCUCGAAGAAAGAUAUAGCGUUUGUAAGUCUCAUGCAGCCAGACACGAGAGCGCAAAAAGCAGCCGGCCAGCAAGGAAACUUGACAAUCGGAUUUUUCAUCAUGAGGGUCGAGGCAAAUCGUUCGUACCGUGUUCAUCAACAAUACGAUAAAGCUGGCGAUAGCUCUUUCGUUAACUCCAGAGAAGUGUUUGUACGCUUAGAACUUGACCCUGGCCGUUACAUAAUCGUUCCAUCCACGUUUGACUCUAACAUUUCCGGAGAAUUUUUGUUACGUGUUUACACAGAUCAUAGCAAUCACAUGAGAGAAUUAAAAGAGGAACAACCAACAGCAGGCUGCUUUUCGUGGGCGCCGUGCUGUAAGCAUCCACAAGCUCAAGUGUCAAUCAUAGUGACGUCGGUCAAUAAUUUGAAAAAGAAAGGCUCGGUCAGCAUGACUGUUGAUCCGUAUUGCAUUAUUGAAAUCGAAGGAACUAAGGUUCGUACCCCACAUAAAACAGAUAAUGUGAACCCGACAUUCGAUUACGGUGGAUUGUUUUAUGUGAAGAAACCCGAAAGUUCGAUGAUAAAAAUACAGGUCUGGGAUCAAAACACUUUAGUUCCUGACACGUUUUUGGGAGAGAUUACCCAUCCAAUUGAUUGUAACAAUCGAAUAUUACUUCAAACACAUUCACUUGUGGAAAAGAAAUCGAGGGAUGGUCAAACAAUGCAAACAGAUGGAACCAUAAGUUUCAAAGUAGCAGCUUCGAGUAACUUAGAAUUCAUGUAAAGAUAUAUUUAUGUUGUUUUGAACGAAUUAA